CCUAACGAAGCUCCUAGCUGAAGUUUUUUGAUUAGACCAAACAUGAGACUUUACCUUUCGUUUUUGGAGAAACCAAGAGGCUGCAUUAAAUCUUUGUAUUGGGUAUUCGAGAAGGAUAUUAGCUACUCGUGGCUAAUUGGUAGCAGAUCUCUAUGGCUGGAUUGGCAAUGUGGAUCUUCCAUUAAGUGACCAACGAGCCAACUACCAUUAUGUGCUAAUUGAUACCAGAAAGUUCAGGUAUCGAAAAUUGAUCAGAAGCUCCAGAAGACAGAUGGUGCUAGAAAGCAAGAGUUCUUGAGGCACCUACUUUAAUAUGGGACUUCUUCAUCUGAGUCCAAUCAAGACUUCUUGUCCCAAAAGUCAUGAGUGAAUUACUGAAGUGAGUUUUCCUUGCUCAUAUCUAUAUUCAAAACUUGAUACAUGAUAUAGUGAAACCAACUUUCGCACUGGCACUUAUAGUUUGGAAGAUGCAGGUAAGUAGGGAGGGGAGUCACUGGGAGUGAAUAGAUUUGUGUAACCUUAUCGGUAUAACCUUGGCAAUGGCGUACCACGUUCUUCUUCAGCCUUGCAGAUCACAAGCUUUGAAGCCUCGCCAUCUCGAGCAACGUGAGAGAACCCCUCAACCUUCCUAUUUUAUCGACACGAUGAAUUUGGCACUCACUGAUCCCUUUGGUCUUGCUCAAGACUAUCCCGAAUCCACUACAGGAAGCCUUCGAAGCGGGCACGCGUGCGCUCUUCGUUUCAAUCGCAAGGGCGACUACCUCGCAGCUGGACGCGCCGAUGGCGUGGUUGUGAUCUUUGAUGUUGAGACGCAGGGUGUCGCACGAAAAUUGAAAGGACAUACUCGGCAGAUUCAAUCUCUGAGUUGGUCACAUUGUGGCAGAUACCUCUUGACGUCCAGCCAGGAUUGGAAAUGCAAUCUUUGGGAUUUGCAAGAUGGCAGCAUUUUACGAAGUAUUAGAUUUGAGGCGGCAGUCUACAUUGCGGAGUUGCACCCGUGGAACCAGUAAGUUUGCGAUCGCGUCUCUCGCUGAUGGCUCCAAUUGAUUGGGACAAUAGUUUAGUGUUUGUUGUGGCUCUCUACGAAGAUCAACCCUUAUUCAUCGAUGCCUCGGAUCCUUUGACUCUGAAAUAUCACCUCCCUUCAGCACCAAAAAGAAGGGCAGACGAAAAUUUGACCGAGAAGCAAAUAGCAGCAGAUUUCAAACAAUCAACCACUGUCUGCGUAUUCUCAGCAUCAGGGGAGCAUAUUUUGGCCGGUACCAAUAAAGGAUGGUUGAACAUAAUCGAGGUUGAAUCGAGGUCCACGAUAUAUUCCACAAAGAUUUGCGGGGGCGUGGUGACUCUCUUACGACUUACCAGCUCGGGCAGAGAUAUCGUCAUUAAUUCUAUAGACAGGGUCAUUCGAACUGUACAGAUGCCCAAUUUAUUGGCGGAUCCGGAUACGAUUAAUAUCGAGGUCGAACAUAAGUUCCAGGACGUUGUCAAUAGAUUGAUGUGGAAUCAUGUGGCAUUCAGUUCUACUGGAGAGUAUGUUUCAGCUUCAACAUAUAACAAUCACGAUAUUUAUAUUUGGGAGCGAAACCAUGGCAGUUUGGUAAGAAUUCUGGAGGGGACCAAGGAGGAACAUGGCGUUGUUGAAUGGCACCCCCAUCGGCCAAUGAUUGUUGCUUGUGGGGUGGAGACAGGUCGCAUUCAUAUCUGGUCAAUCGUACCCCAACAACGAUGGUCAGCUCUGGCACCGGAUUUUGUGGAGGUUGAAGAGAACGUGGAAUAUCAGGAACACGAAGACGAGUUUGACAUUCACCCCCAGGAAGAGAUACAUAAAAGACGUCUUGAUCUUGAAGAUGACGAUGUUGAUGUUUUGACUGUUGAGCCUAUCAAGGGGUUAGAUGAAGAGAAUCACUUCCGGAUGCCAGUACAACUCGAUCUUCAAGAUAGCGAGGGCGAGGAGGAGUUUGUUGCCAUCGGGAGGGGAGAGAUGCGAAGGAAAAGCCCAACCCAGAGCAAAGAAUAUAUCCUUGAUACCGAGGUCGUAGGUAGCGGAGAUGACCUGCCGAAAAAGGCAAGAAAGAAGAAUAGAAAGCGUUGAUUUUCUUCUCCGGCGUGGUGUUUUGGAGUUAUUACGGAGAAUGGCGUUUAUUCGGCUGAGAACUCGUAAAGGGGACAAAAUUCAGGUAGAUACCAAUUUCAAGAAUGCUUUUCA